ACCGCUAGCGGCUAGGCUGUGGUAGGACUACGCUCAAAACUAUCGACAUGGAUGACGAACAAGUGAAAGACACGGGCAAGGAAUCACCACUACGCAUCCAAAACAAUGAUCUGGACGAGACACUGCCACCCUGUAAGGAGUGUGAGAGGCAUUUCUUCUCCAGAACCAACACAUUCAAUGUGUUUGAUGGGGCGGUUGUCCUGAUAUCGAUGGUCACGUUUGCUGCCGACAUUGUGACGGAUGGCCUGGCAGCAAGUCAAUAUUUUGUCUACGGGGAACCAGGCUGGGGUUGCCUGACUCUCAGUUUUACCCUGGUUCCCUCCAUCAUCAUACAGUUGUUCAGUGCACGCUGGUACUUAGCUGAUGAAGACAUGACUGGUUGGAGAUGGGUCUUCCAUUGCUGCCUCCUUGGACCCAUAGAGAGAUAUCUCACUGUCUUUGAGACUGGACUGGAAGCCCGACGGAGCAGGGAUCCACUUGACUUUGAGCGUUUACAUCACCAGCAGAGUGAUGUGAGCAUGCUUCGUUUGUUUGAGUCAUUUUUGGAGUCGGCUCCCCAAGUUGUCUUGCAGCUCUACAUCAUGGUCGCGACCAACGAUGAAAACCUCUUCACAGGUAUAGCCUGUAUAGUGUCACUGAUAUCUCUCUGCUGGGCCAUGGUUGCCUACAAUCGUGCACAUCGCCGCGUAAGAGCGGACAAGAACAGCGUGUCAAUAGCUGGCGCUGCCCUCCAGACUAUCUGGCGCAUCGGAAUGAUCUCGUCGCGCGUUGUUGCCCUGGUGCUGUUUGCCUCUGCCUUCCGAGCUUACACGUUUUUGGUAGUAGGGAUACACUGGCUGGCCAUGGUGGCCUGGGUCUACCUCCAGCAGACCGACUUCUGCGACUCCUGGCUGGAGGAGAGGCUCUUCAACUGUGUCGUGGCAACUGUCUACAUUUUCUGCUUCUUCAACCUGAAGGAGGGCAACACGCGGUACCGCAUCAGCAUCUUCUAUCUGGUGGUUGCCGUAGAGAACGUGGCAUUGCUACUGCUGUGGCACCAUUUUGGGAUGCUGGAGGAUUGGUACACCUUCCUGGGGUUCACGGUGGUGUUUGGUGGCUUCAUCAUUGGUGUCACAACAAUGAUCUUGUACUACAAAUACUUCCAUCCCAGAGGGGCCAUAUCAUUCUGUAACAGCGCCCCCCGUGACAAGAAUGACAUCUGUCAACACGGUAAGUCCAACCGUCUGUCAACUCUCGGUCAUCGCCACGACAACUUGGAUGCCGAGAUCUUUCGCCGCUCCAGGACCCCUUCUCCACAGAACUCCCCUCACGAUGAGCAAGCUGGUCACUGCUUGGAGGGCCCAUACCCUGAUAUGGCAGUAACCCCCCAUAAGUAUUCACCCCCCAAGACUAACCCUGACUGUUUGGAUUGGCGAACAGUACCCCCGCUCAGGAGCAAGAGCUUAAGCUGCUUGCUUUCAACAGAAAAGGAAUGCCUAAAUGGAAGACAGUUCUCACAAGGUACCAGAUCGUUACAGUGCCUGGAGGAAACGGGUCGUCCAUCUAAACUAUCAUCAUUCCCUCCCCAAAAGUGCCCAGAAUCGUGCACUUGUAGUUUUCAAGCUUAUGAGCUGUCGGGCUUUGCCACGGACUUGGCAGAUAGAUUUGAUAGGUGCAAAGAACUGGCACUUGCUGAGUCGUUACUGUCCGACGAGUCGAAGUUGAGUCUGUACUCUGCCCGGCCAGGUGCUGCUGUGAACCAAACGCCAUGCCGAGCUUGCCUGAAUUUGGGGAACAGUCAGUUAAAGCCAAUAGCAUCAGUUGGGAACAGGUUCCGAUCCCGUUCCCAACCAAGUACACCAUCAGUCACCCAUUGGAGCAGUCCUGCUUAUUAUGAAAUCCACCAAUACCCCCACCCCGCUGUCCAUUUGGCCACUAGCACUGAGGCCCACCACCCACCCACUCCUCAAAAUGCUGUGAUUCCAGAAAGUACAGAUAAUGCAAUGGAAAUCAGCCGAGCGUCGGCUGACUUGCCUCCAAUGCCCAGCUUCAUUGAUUCCCCUCAAACGGCUGGCAAAUUGAAUGCAUAUGAAAUCCAGAAAAUAUAUGAUCAGAUACUUGAGAGGGAGCCCUUGCCCCGUGUCUCUAAAAGACAGUUAAAGUUUGAUAAGGAUCUUGAAGACUGUCAUGUGAAUUGCCAAGGAGGUCCCAUUUCCAACUUUAGCGAGGCUUUUCAAAAUUGUCCCGGGGCUGUUGACAAAGCCAGGCAACCCAAAAGUCAGUUUGGCAAAGACGCUGCCUUAAAUAUAACAAAAUGUAACCAGUUGCUCGAUGCAAAACUCAAAGCUUCAGCCAGAACUGAUGAACAUAAAAAGAAACCUUUCAAGUGUAAACUGCAGAGGGCGGAAAAGCCUGAACACGAUGAGAGUGAAUCAUUUCCAGACAUAUACUGUGAGCAACUGAUAACUAGCGAGGCCAAGCAGCCUGAAAAUGAAAGAAGACUUUCAGAAUGUGUGUCCAAUGUAGCAGACCUCCCUUGCGAUUCUGCCCCUGACAGUGAAGACUACAGGCACUUCAUGCAGCAGACAAAUCCCGGUGCUUGCCCAGAGCUAGGCACGCUGUCCCCAGAGGUUCUUGAGCCUAACCAAAUACCACAACAAGCUGGCGUUAAUGUCUCCGCUCUUGCUGGACCACCAAGUCCACGAGGACACGUUGUUCCCAAUCUGGGAGGAAGCCAUAGUACAGUGGCCUGCUUUCGUAGAUUGUCGAUGCAAGAUGUUGCCGAGAACGAUACCCUGGUUAACAUCCCUGUCGUCUCAAAGAUCUCUCACAAGGUCCAAGGAGGCGAAAAUAUCACUCCUGACCCGAUCACAGGCCCCACUGAUGAAACCGACAUCUAUCCAUUCAACCAAACUUCUGAUCGUCGAUCAGUCUGUCCUAAGAACCUCUGCCAAGUUUCCACAGUUGGAAACUUGAAGGAGGAAGACUGUGAAAACCGUAUGAACGCAGAACCAGCCUGCGUCAUCGAAAAUGCCCCUUCCUCUCCCUCACUUUCCCCCUGUCCUUUCGAGCCGAUCGGUACAAACGGUAACAAAAGCAACCAUCUCAGUCCCACGCAGACCACUCGUGAGCCAAAGCCCCUGGAAGACUCCACCUUUGCCGGUGACUCGCGGAAAAAUGGCCAGCAUUUCAAGAAAGCACAGAGAAGCGUUCUUCUUGCAUCAGGAAACAAGAACCCCCCGCCCGCUCCUCUGCCUGUCCCGAGUUCGCCUCGCGGCGCAAGUCCCAAGGGCCACAAGGCCAGGCUUGGUCAGACAGGCGCUUGCCUGUCGUUGGAUGUUCCCAUCGCCCGCUCCGGACAGGGCAAAGAGAACAACAGCCCCUUGACUCCCCUGAGUGCCAGGUUGGCCCUCCUGUCUCCCACUCCCAACCCUUCCCCAGCCCUAAAGAAGCCUCCACGGAAAUCCCUGGGUAGAAUCCCGACCAAUCUCGUGGCUGACAAGGUGGCCCUUUUUAACAAUUAACUAAAUGCGACGAACUUAACAGAAAUGUGGGCACCUUGCAUUUGGCAAUAUGCCAAAAUGGCUGAUGGCAAAACAAGACCACAGUGCUACAUCGUAGCAUCAGAACGUGCUCUUCUAAACAUUGAAAUAAUGCAUAGAUAUCAUUACUGGAAACCAAAACAGAAGUGAAAUUUGAGCUUUUUAAUACACACAUGCAAUAUUUCCUCGGCGUAGCUUUGCCCUGUUGAAAUGUAAUUGCAGGUAGGAUGAAUACAUGGUUCAUUUCCGUGCGAAUACAUAAUUACCUCUUCACACAGUUAUAUAUCCAUAUUUUGAUGGACACAAAAUAAAUACUGGUCGGGCUAGUUUGCUUGCGUUUGGAUUUGUUUUACCAGUGAUAUAAUCACACGUUGCAUUAUUCAAUUCUAAACACACUUUAAAGUGAAAGGUUCGUUUUAUUUUUUCAAGUCGAAGUUUUAUUUAUUUUGUACAGCGAUGCAUGCACUGUGCAUGGUACAUUAGUUUUCCGUUUGUGUCUUUUAAAUGUAGGUCCUACCUAUAUUGUUACAUACAUCUCUCUUCGACUUUCGCUUUUUACUUGCUUGCCUUUUUUUUCAAUGCAGCGACGUAUACAUUCUGCAGAAAGAAGAAGUAAUAUACUCUUUCUAGUUGUUUUGACAUAACUGUAUAUUUAGUAUUAAUCCUACUACAUGUACAUGUGUUAAGCCGCGCUGUGUACUCUCGAUUUCGGCGUAUGCUUACCAGGAGUUCCCUGGUUCCCUGUAAAUGUUCAAUCCUCGCUUCGGGGCGAGGGUGUGUCUGUCUCAAGUCUCCUGAAAAGUGUUCAGGAUGUUAAUACUUUUUCACACAUCAGUUGUCGUCACUGAAGAAUUGCCGCACUGCUGCCCGCCUGUGGGACGACAGAUAUUCUGUAAAACUAUUUUGUGAAUUGUACAGAAUAGAUUCACGGGGAAGCAUUUUGGCGAGAGAACUAGUUUGUGCAAAUAGGCGACUCCACUUAAUUUUAUGAAUUGCACAUGCGGCUUGUGGAGCACGGGCUUGUUUGAUAUGUUUAAUGCGCGAAACAUGUAAAUUCCAAACAGACAAACAGAAACCACGAAUUUUAGUUUUGUGCAUCAAGUAGUCCAAAGGAUAAUGUUUAUGAAAUAUGAAUUACAGUAUAGUGUAUUUUGUUCCAACAAAAGUGUUUUAACGACGAUUAGAUUACAUUUUUAGUAAUGUACUUGCAUGACUCACGUUGAUAUCUUUUAAACACCCUAAAUUCAAGGCUCAUGUUAAACUUUUAUAAAACCAAAACAAUGUGGUCAGCACUAUUAUUUAUAAAAUAGGACACCAUCUUAAAAAAAUGAAGGGACGUAUCUCUGGGUUUCGUUUUUAAAGAAAUGAUGGUAUUUUAGAAUAGCACGUCUUAUUUGUACUGUUAAACAAGUGCAGAAUAACGGUAUCCGAAAAAAUGCAACAUGUAGGCCUACGUACAUAAUACUUGCCAUAUUUUACCGUAAAUGCAUGUACACAUCGUGUUUAAUAACUUAGCAGUUCUGCCAUUUAUUUACUCCAUUAUUGUGUCACUUUGCUGGCUAGUGUUUUACGUUAAUACUGGUGUACAUGUAUGUUAUUGGGAUGAAGUCGGGUGGGCUUUGGGAUGGAGGUGUGUUCCACUUAAGGUGAAGGGGGGCGAUCCGCCCAUUCUGCAGAAAUUGGCUGCUCAGUUAUAAUACAGGGGUGUGAGAAUCCACCUUUUUAGCUGAUUUCAGCUUUUUCGGGGGGGGUAGAUGUUGACCCCGAAUUUCAACUUUUAUGUACACCUGGUCUGUACAAAAGUAUGGGAACUUUUUACAUUUCAGCUUUUUGCCAGCUGUUUUCAGCUUCAAUUUUAAGUGGCCACUCACACCCCUGAUCAUCGGAUGUGCACCACACAUGGUUAAAUCUGGCUUGUUUAUAGCGUACCCGUAAAAACGCCGGGUAAAUAUGGGCUUGUUAGCUCCAAAUGGCACAAAUAUUGCACGAUAUCUGAAUAACGUGCCUAUGCGAAUGGUUCGAAAUAAAAAUUGUUUAUUUUUCGGAUAGUUUUUGA